UCCUAACCUAAAAUCCAAACGAGCCUAACUGCACAAGCACGAGUCUCCCUCCCACCGCUCCCUCGCGGCCUCGCUCGACCGCCGCCGCUAACCGAAACCAACGCGAGAUGCACCCGAGCGCCAAAAAUCGGGACGGGGAGAAGAGGAAGAGGAAGAAACGCGGCGAUGAAGCGGCCGCCGAUGCCGCCUCGCCCUCCGCCGCCUCCUUCGACCUCCACGUCUUCCCCAUCCUUCUAGCCGCCACCUCCGCCUCCGCCCGAACCACCGGCCAAAACAGCACCUCCGGCUCCCCGGCCGCGCUCGCUGCCUACCUACUGCGCCGCGUGUUAUCCCGCUCGCAGCCGCCGCUCUCUCCUCUUCCGGACUCCCUCGUCGCGCUCCUCCCCCUCCUGCUUUCCUCCAGCUGUUGUUCUGUUGCCGCUCUAAGCUGCGAGGUGCUGGGUGCGGCGGCCCUGCGGUCCAUGGAGGCCGGCGAGAUGCUGGCGUCUGACGGCGGCAUCGCCAACGGCUUGGCGCGGGCGCUGGGGAGUAGGAGUCGGCGAGUUGCCGAGGCUGCCUGCAAUGCUAUAAUGGACCUCUCGGCGUCUUCAGUUGGCCGGGAGCAUCUUGCAAACUCCCCUGUUCUGGCGAGGAUAUUGUAUUUAUUCUCUCAGGUGGAAUCUAUUUAUGGAGUUGUCGAUAGCAGAAGCACCGAGUGCCCAGGAAGAGCUACAAAAGCAAAUAAAAUCUUGUACUUGAUCAUUGACACAGUGGUGCUCACGGUUAAUUCUUGUAAAGUUGAUAAUCUGCAGUGUCUGCAACAGGAGCUAGUAAGGAACGUUCAGUCUUUGUUGUAUAAAAUCUGGAAGAAAGUUCGACUCUCAAGAUCAUCAACUGACUGCAACAACUGGAAGAAUCAACUUCAAAGUAGAGAAUCUGAUAUAUCGGAAGCUAUUUUUAGGCUUUCAAUGGAUUUUGCUCAUCCACCCAACCUGGAGCUGGAUGCAGUCAGGCAAAGCAUUUUUGGACAAACGGUGUCCGACUUUGAAAAUUUUGUCCAGACCUACUGGGAAGAGUCGCCUCAUCUGUACAGGAGGGAACAAAACAAUCUAGACAAGGAUCCUGUGUUCGCUGCUUUGCAUAAUGCUUUUAAUCUUGGAACAACACCUGAUGCUAUCAUCGAGUCAUUUAUUAAGGGACUUGUUUCAUGCCCUGCUAUUGCUUCCGAUGAACUUAACAUAUAUUCAUUUCUCCAUGAGGUUCAUGAUUCCUUGGGUGAUGCUGUAAAGCAUAGGCAAGAUGUAAGACUUGUGAGAACACGAGACCCAAGUGACCAAACCUCAAGAGGAUGUGGUAUGGAGGAGCAUUUCUUCGAUGAUGGAACAGUCUUCCUGGAUGAAUCUGUGUUCAUUGAAAAAUGUAAGGAUGCAUUUAAGAAUGGUUAUUCAGUUGCCUUGCGUGGCAUGGAGUUCCGCUCUGAGAAGGUUGCCACUAUAGCUUCUGCUCUGGCUGAUCUAUUUGGCCAACCUUCUGUAGGAGCCAACAUAUACUUCUCACCUGCAAGAUCUCAGGGCCUAGCCCGUCACUAUGAUGAUCAUUGUGUACUUGUUUGGCAACUACUUGGUUGCAAGAAGUGGACGAUUUGGCCUAAUCCAAAGCCAAUUUUGCCUAGACUAUAUGAACCUUUCGACUCUUUAGAUGGCAUUUUAGAUGAUAGCAGCAGAAGAUUGGAGGUUUUACUUGAAGGAGACAUGAUGUACAUUCCUAGAGGUUAUGUUCACGAGGCUCACACUGAUGUUGGUGGAUCUCAGAGGAAUGCAUACGCUGAUUACUCACUCCAUUUGACCCUUGCUAUUGAGGUCGAGCCACCCUUUGAGUGGGAAGGAUUUGCACAUAUUGCCCUUCAUUGCUGGACAGAGAAGCAUAAGUUUGGAGGCUCUCGAUUAGUUAAGUCCAAGUCCAUGGCGAAAGAAGAAACUUCAUUAUUUGCUCUUCUGUUGCAUGUUGCCAUCAGGUUGGUCUCGGACACCGAUCCUACUUUCAGGAAGGCAUGCAUGGUUGCAGCAAAGCUUCCGUCAUCCAAUUCCUGUACAACUCACUUGAAGGCUCUUAGAAGCAGACAAAGAUCAAUUUUUGAUGACAUAAUCAGGAAGAUUGACCAUAACUGCAGCUUUGAGGAAGCAUUGAAGUGCAUUGAGUUGUCAGUGAAAGAAGGAAACGAUGAAAACUUUCAAUGGAUGAGCUGGCUUCGACACUUGCCACAGCACAAAGAUGCAGACGACAGAAUCGAUUUCUGCAAUGUUUUGGAAGCCCUUAAAGAGCUUCUUGUGGCGUUCAGCUCUGACCCGGAGCAAGCCUUGGCUGGCUUCACAGGCUUCAAGUCUAGGUUUUGUAGGUGCGUUUUGUACGAGGACGCUUGCCUGAGCUUUGAAACAUUGCUUCAGAUGUAUAGAGCAACUAGGAAUCAGUACACGAGGGGAAUGUUGGCGUUGCACGGGGCACGUGUGAGUUGAGUAGUGGAGAAUUCCCCCCUACAGGCUACAGGUACGUUUUUUUUGUAGUGGUUGGCUAGUCAUUUUUCGUAGCGACAAGAACCUAAUUGGACACUUGUACCACCACAUCUCAAUCGGGGCAGGUUAUUGGCAUACAGCGUAUGAAUUCAGCACAUUGUCUUGUGCUGUCCAGC